GACGCGAGACAUUACGAGAAAAGAGAGCAUGUCUGCGAUCAAGUCACUAAAUCCCAAGGCUGAAGUUGCAAGGGCUUCACAGGCUUUAGCUGUGAACAUUUCGGCUGCAAAGGGCUUACAGGAUGUUCUCAAAUCAAAUUUGGGUCCAAAGGGAACCCUUAAAAUGCUUGUAUCAGGGUCUGGAGAUAUCAAGCUGACCAAGGAUGGCAAUGUUCUUCUUCAUGAAAUGCAAAUCCAGCAUCCAACCGCUUCAUUGAUAGCAAGAGUGGCCACAGCUCAGGAUGAUAUCACUGGUGAUGGUACAACAUCCAAUGUCCUCAUUAUUGGUGAACUCCUCAAACAGGCUGACCUCUACAUUUCUGAGGGCCUACACCCCCGACUGAUCACAGAGGGGUUUGAGCUGGCAAGGAACAAGGCCCUGCAGGUGCUUGAGGAUGUGAAGGUCAAGCGGGUGGUUGACCGGGACACUCUGGUACAAGUGGCCCGCACCUCACUCCGCACCAAGGUCCACCAGGAGCUUGCAGACCUCCUUACAGGGGAGGUUGUUGAUGCUGUUCUGGCCAUCCAAAGGGAAGGAGAGCCAAUUGACCUGCACAUGGUGGAGAUAAUGGAGAUGCAGCACAAGACCGACAUGGACACCACUUUGGUUCGAGGUCUGGUGCUGGACCAUGGAGCUCGUCACCCAGACAUGAAAAAGAGAACAGAAGAUGCCUACAUCCUCACAUGUAAUGUCUCCCUGGAGUAUGAGAAAACUGAGGUGAACUCAGGAUUCUUCUACAAGAGUGCGGAGGAGCGGGAGCAGCUGGUCAAGGCAGAGCGGGAGUUCAUAGACGACAGGGUGAGGAAGAUCAUUGCGUUCAAGAAACAGGUCUGCGAUGGAACCAACAAGGGCUUCAUUGUCAUCAACCAGAAGGGUAUUGAUCCCAUGUCUCUGGAUAUGAUGGCCAAAGAGGGUAUUGUGGGAUUACGUCGUGCCAAGAGGCGCAACAUGGAACGUCUGACACUGGCCUGUGGAGGAAUUGCCAUGAACUCUGUUGAAGAACUCUCGCUAGAGAACGUUGGUCAUGCCAACCUUGUGUAUGAGCAUGUCCUGGGCGAGGACAAAUACACGUUCAUUGAGGACUGCAAGAACCCUCGCUCUGUCACCCUGUUGGUAAAGGGCCCAAACAAGCACACCCUCACCCAGAUCAAGGACGCUAUCCGUGACGGUCUGCGCGCAGUAAAGAAUGCAAUUGAGGAUAACUGUGUCCUGCCAGGUGCCGGAGCCUUUGAGAUUGCUGCCUACCAGGAACUAAUGAAGUACAAGACUGAAGUGAAGGGCCGUGCCAGGCUAGGUGUGCAGGCAUUUGCCGAUGCCCUGCUUGUGAUCAUCAAGGUUCUCGCACAGAACUCUGGACUUGAUCCCCAGGAGGCGAUAGUAAAGCUACAGGAGGAGUAUACCGGUCCCCAGCAGGCUGUCGGGCUUGACCUCAAGACAGGUGAAGCAAUCAUACCUGUGGAUGAAGGAAUCCUAGACAAUUAUAGAGUGAAAAAGCAGUUGUUACAUUCAUGCACUGUGAUAGCCUCCAACCUGUUACUGGUGGAUGAAAUUAUGAGAGCCGGUAUGAGCUCACUCAAGGGAGACUAACCCAAGCCAUUCUCACACCACUGGACUCAUUUUCUACUUUGUUUACUUUUUUGUAUGCUGUGUUGAACAAAAUAAAAACUGUAUGCCUUCAUUUUCAAAAAUUCAAAAGAUUUUCAGAACAAUAUGAACUGGCAUCUUUAAUGUUCCGAGUUCAGGUUACUUAAAAUCAAUCAAGGCACAUUUAUCUGGGCUUGAAAGAAAUUCAGAGAACUAUUGAAAAUGUAUAUUUUUUACUUCUGCGAUGAUUGUAAUAUUUAGUGUAUGAAGAUGAUCUGUGAAAACCAUUCUGUCAAAUGUGCUUACAAUGUAGCUUUCAUUUAAUUUAUUAAAAUUACGAAAUGUU